UAGUUGCUGUAAAGUUGCUGUAAUUCUGAUCCCUCUGCACAUAUUCACAAUGUGGUUGCCCUGCCUGAUGACCGUCCUGCUUGGCCUGCUUGGCUCUGCACAUGGUGAAUAUGAGCCCAGUGAGGUGUGCUAUGAUAGCCUGGGCUGCUUCUCUGAUGGCGUUCCGUGGGCCGGUACCGUAGAGAGACCAGAACCCCGUCUACCCUGGAGCCCAGAACAGAUCAGAACCCGGUUCCUCCUCUACACGCCACAGAACCCUGAACACUACCAGGAGAUCUCUGCCAGCAGAGAGGCCUUGGAGGUGUCCAGCUACUCGCCCAGCCGGAGGACUCGCUUCAUCAUCCACGGAUACCUCUCCAACGACCAGAACUGGCCCCUGGACAUGUGCAAGCUCAUGCUGCAAGUGGAGGAUGUUAACUGCAUCAGUGUGGACUGGUCUGUGGGGGGGCGGACCCAGUACUCCCAGGCAGCCAAUAACGUGCGAGUGGUGGGAGCUCAGGUGGCUAGUAUGAUGUCAGUCAUGAAGAACUCCUUUCAGCAGGCGGUGGCUGAGAUGCACUUGAUUGGUCACAGUCUGGGAGCUCACGUUGCAGCAGAGGCAGGACGCAGGACCAAGGGGCUCGGACGCAUCACAGGACUGGACCCUGCGGAACCCUACUUCCAGGGCUGCCCAGUGCAGGUGCGACUGGACUCCAGUGAUGCCAAACUCGUGGACGUCAUUCACACCGACGCGUCUCCUUUUGGCUCCAACCUCGGCUUUGGCAUGUCCCAGGCCGGCGGCCAUCUUGAUUUCUACCCUAACGGAGGAGAACAGAUGCCCGGCUGCUCCCAGAACUCUGCUGCAGAGAACGUGGAUCCCAACGACAUCUGGGAAGGCACCCGUGCCUUUGUGGCCUGUAACCAUCAGAGGUCUUAUCAGUACUAUAGCGACAGCAUCAUUAACCGCAGUGGAUUCUCGGGGUACCCCUGCAACGACUUCAGCACCUUUGAGUCGGGAAGCUGUUUCCCAUGCUCAGAGGGUGAGUGUCCUGUCAUGGGUCACUUUGCUGACACCUUUAAGAUUCCAGAUGGAGUCAGCAAGAUGAGAUAUUUCAUGACCACGGGAAAAGACGCUCCUUUCGUCCGUUAUCGUUACCACGUGAACGUCACCAUCGACGGCAGCCUGACCAACCCCGGCUACUUCAAGGUGGCGCUGUACGGGGAAUCUGCCAACACACGCCAGUAUCGCAUCUUCAUUGGCUUCCUGAAGCCGGGCGAGAGCUACGAGGCGUUUGUGGACGCGGAGGUGGACAUCGGGGAGGUGACGCACGCCAAGUUCGUGUGGAACAACAACAUCAUGAACCCCAUGCUGCCCCGCUUCGGAGCCACGCACAUCCAAGUGCUGCGUGGGCAGGACAACAGGACGUUUGAGUUCUGCGGGGAGGAGCGAGUGCUGGAGAACGUGCUGCAGACCUUGUCACCGUGUGCCUCUCCUUGA